AUGGCUGCUGCGACUGCUGGGGUUGUUGGUGGUAAUGGUUCAUCUGCUUCCUGGAUGCAAUUUAGAGGCAAGGAAAGGAAGCAUACCAAGGUGAACAAAUCUAGUGUUUCUUGCUCUUAUUCUUCUUCUGUGAUGGAUCCUUACAAGACCUUGAGAAUACAACGAGAUGCCUCUGAAACUGAAGUCAGGAAGGCUUUCAGAAAGCUUGCUCUGCAGUACCAUCCAGAUGUGUGCAGAGGGAGCAAUUGCGGGGUGCAGUUUCACAAGAUCAAUGAGGCUUAUGAUAUUGUGAUGGCGAGCUUGAGAGGAGAAACAAAUACGACAGAAACUUAUGAAACUUAUUAUGAUUCUGACAUGGAUGAGCCUAUGAGGGGAAUGAAUGAUCCAGAUUGGGACAUGUGGGAGGAAUGGAUGGGGUGGGAAGGAGCAGGAAUCCGUGAUUACUCCUCUCAUAUUAAUCCCUACAUUUGA